AAUGUGUGAAGGCUGUUCUGCUGCACGCCUCUCUUCCUACUGCUUGACAACUAGCAGACAUGUUGACACAAUUUCAUUUUAUAUUCUCCUUUCCCCCUGUUUCUCUAGAAAACUGUUUUUUUUUUUUUCCCUUAAUGUAUCACUGCCAUGUAAAACAAGCUAAGCCAAUGAAGUGUGUGAAUUCAUUUAUCAGAACUGUCAUGGGGUGGUUUGAAUGCUGGUUUAUCUCUACUGGAUAAAAUCACUUCAUUGAUGAAUUUCCAUCUUGAGAAACUGACACAUUUGAAUAUUGUUUGGCUUGUAAAGUUGUAUCUGUGUGUGUUUGUAGGUUUCCGUAGGAGUUGAAAAUCAGGAAAGAACCGCUGUUGGGGAUGAUGCUGAGGGAUACUGUGAAGUCCUGGAAUGACAGCCAAUCAGAUCUCUGCAGCAGUGACCAGGAAGAGGAAGAGGAGAUGAUUUUUGGUGAGAAUGAAGAUGAUUUGGAGGAGAUGAUGGAUUUAAGUGACCUGCCUACCUCACUUUUUGCCUGCAGUGUCCACGAAGCAGUGUUUGAGGUCCAAGAACAGAAGGAGCAAUUUGAGGCCCUCUUCACCCUCUACGAUGACCAAGUCACCUUUCAGCUGUUUAAAAGCUUUAGAAGAGUCCGCAUAAACUUCAGCAAGCCCGAAGCGGCAGCGAGAGCGCGGAUCGAGCUGCAUGACACCGACUUCGCCGGCCGGAAGCUGAAGCUGUACUUCGCGCAGGAGAGAAAUACGAACUACAUGCAGGGACGGAGUCGACACCCAGCGUGGUGGUGCAUGUCUGCGAGAGUGAAACCGAGGAGGAAGAGGAAACAAAAAGCCCCAAGCAGAAAAUCCCCCAGACCAGGCGCCCCGAUCCUCCCAGCACAACCGCGGCACGGAAUGAGUCCCCGGCCUUCCAGUGCGCCCUGUGAGACCCUGUGCUGGGGGAGGCAGCUGCCUUCCCAGGCCACAUUCGUGGGGUCCUGGGCCUCUGCCGCCGCCGCUGUUGCUGCUGCUGCUGGCCUAGGUAGGGCCGUGAGGAGCCAGGCCUUGUGUAUGCAGACGGGCUAGUGUGAAGCAGCAGGGAUCGCAUCUGCUCAGAGUGGUAAGGGAUGUUCUUGAGGCACUUGACCAGCUGACCACCUGGCCCCAGGAGCAGAACUCUUGACCAUUGUUAAAUAGUAGCAGAUUAGGAAAAUGUCCUGCCUCCAUUUCUCUGGUUCUAAAGAGCAUGGGAUACGAAAACCGGAGACUUGCACUCACCAGUCUGGUACAUUUUUAUACAUUUAAAAACUAUCUCAAAAUUCCAAUUUAGUGUGGAUAUUUUUGUACACAGGCUCCUAGUGAAUAUAGUGAUCAAAGGUUCAUUGUUUGGUAUUCAUGAGAUUUUCUUCCAGGGAAAGAAACCUGAAAUGCAGAAUCAUUUGUAAGAACCCUUUUUCUCCAGGGCUUUGUCCAGUAACUUUAGGAAGAAAAGCCAAUAGAUGAUGACCUCACGGCUCAGUUGCCCCUCAUCCCGGUCAUGUACAGGCCACUGCUCCUGAUGAGGUGUCCCCUCUGAGGUUGGCUGCCCUGAAACACUGCCACUUUGCACAUGGGGUGGUCCCCAACAGGCAUGGCCAGUCGUGGUUUAGGGAGGCUGCUGCGCUGUGCCACGCAUGCCAGUGUUCUGGCCUGCAGGGGAGCAAGCUUCCUCACUCAGCAGCUCCUUCCCCUGUGGCUUCCCCUGCCACCGUGUUAACCAUGGGUGGCCAUUUCUCUGUGUUGCACACAUAGCUCUCUGUGGAUUUGAAAUGAGGAGAGCUAGUAAGGUUUUCUGAAGGACUUCCUUGCAUUGUGGAGCACUUUCCGGCUUGGUUUGCGUCUGUGAUUCAGGGAGUGGGGGAGGUCGUGGCGUCACACUUUGGAAUGUCAUUUCUCACUCUGGCUCACCAGCAGCAUUUUCCCCCUGAAUGCAUAGCUCUCAGCAGCUGCUCAUCUCUGCUCCUUACACUGCUCUGCGUGGCAGGUGCCAUGGCGGCCCGUGAGGCUGCCAUCGUGAAGGAAAAUGCAGACCUUAAAGCCGUGCUGUGUAGCUUUGGUAACAUGUGGUUGAGUAUAUUUCUGUAUUUGAGUAGAAUUGAUGGCUGAGCGGUUUGUAGUACCCACAUGAGACACUUCUCCUCUAUUUCCCUUGCCCUCGGAUACUCCGAGGAGAUAAAUUCCUGCCUGCAGGGAUCCACCACUGCUAAGCCUCAGUAUCGAUUCAGCCAGAUUUCUAAUUCCAUGUAAAAUUAAUAUAUUCAAAAUCAGUUCACCUGUCAGUUUAACUGAUGACCACCUAAUAAAUUUAUUUUGCGGUCCAAAACUCAGCAUUCUACUCAUUUUUGAUGGCAGGAUCGUCCCUGUCUGCCAGGAAAUAUAUGUGUUUUCACCAUUUGAGAUUUUAAAAAUUUUUUUCUUACGUGUUGUUUGUUCAUUAUUUUUUUCUAAGUGCUCAAGAGCCAUAUUUCGUUUGGCUUGGCUUUCACUCUUACCUGCCAAUUGAGGAAUGUUCUGUCCCUCAAGAAAUAUCUGUCCGUCACACUCUGCAUCUUUUUUUAAAAGGUUAUAUAUGGUAUGGGUAGUACAAAGUACCUAAUUUUUUUCUAAUUUUUUUUAGAGCAGUCAGUGAAUCAAAGAAGACUUUAAACCAACACUUAAUGUGAAAGUGUGUCAUUUAAACUCUUCCUAGUGGAAAACAUUAGUAUUUUCUUUAGUACAAAUUUUCCAGAAGGAAAAUUCUAAAGAAAACUAUGAAGUAUCCAUCAGCUUUAGUGUUGUAAGAUCAGCCGGGAUCUCAAUAGCCACCUUGGUCUCUGUCCCUUCAUGGCUGGAUUAUGUCUAGUUUAUGUAGCUGUUGCACAAAAGAUGAGCCCCUAAGGGUUUUUUGUAAGUAAUUUUAAUAUUUAUCUGUUUUUUCUUCUUUGAAAAGGAGUUAUUAGAUUUAACUGACAGUAUACAGGAUACUUUAGGAAAUCCAUAGAAAAUAGAAUUAAAAAAUGUUUAUUUGGGUGCAAAAAAUUUCAAAUCUAUACAUUGUCUUGAAAAAGCUCAUGGAAAAUGCAUAGUGUAAAAAAAAUUGAAUUUCAAAACAUUUUUGCAUCAAAAGAAUAGUCUCUUAAUUUCAUUUUCCUGAAAAUUCUUUGAGAUACUCUUUCAGCGACAUUUUUUCAGAAAGCGUAACCUCUUUUUGGGAGUUAAAUUAUAUAGGAAACUGCAAGGAAAGAAAAUAGUGAUGGAAGACAGAGGCUUUGCAAGAGAAAAAGACACAAGUGAAAACCAAGCAAGCUGCGACCCUGAACAAGGAUGUGCAGUGGAACCUGUGAGGCACUGGCUUCUGGGGCUCAGUUCUCCUGACGCCCCACCCUGGUGAUACUGGAGGCAAAUCCAUCUCAAAAGUGUCUUGGGGGGGCAUGGAGCAGACCUAAGGUGCCAGGAGGCAGGCAUGGGUGAGAACUGCCCCCUCACCCUGGGGAGCUCCAGUGAGAGUUGAGUUGAUUUUACACACCUUCCCAGCAGCAGGUAGGAAACCAAGAAAACCACAGGUUCUUUGUCAAGUUCAACCUGUGGGUCUGAAUAGUGGUUUGUAGCCUGUUGGGAUUGAAGCGAUAGCAGCAGCUAAAGGUCAAGUGCAUUACCUUCCCUCUGUAAGAACACAGCCUCUCUUGUUUCCAUUCACAUCCACUCAUCUUUUUAAAAGGUCAUUAUUAUUAUUACGUGAAAAGAUUUGGUUCUUUUGGAAUCACACACAGAAUGAUAAUGCGUGAGCCAGACAGCUUAGAGAGCAGGUGGCGGAGCUCGCCUGGGAGCGCUUGGCAAGGCCACCCCAGGGCUAGAACUGACUGCCCUGGCUCUGGGACAGGGCCUACUCUACUGUUUUCUGGCCCUGGUCCCUUAAAGAAGUGAUGGGUUCCAAUCCUUGUCAUCAGGGAAAAAAAGGAGGAGCUGGGGUUGCUUCCUCCUGAGACAUGACUGACAAGCAAGAUAGAAAACCUUUAUCUGAGGAGAAUGUUGACUCAGUAGCUUCGUUCGUGAACUUUGGUUUUUGUUAUAGUACUGUUCAGGUCAGAGUCCGCUAACAUAACGUGAUCUUGGUAGCUGGCAGUUAAAUGGUAUUUACAUAGAAACUUUACUAGAUUUUCAUACUUUGAAAUUAUAGUUGUACUAAUGAUGUGACUCUAAUGAAAUAGAACGAGAUUCACAGAAUUCAGAAAUAAAACUCACAGAGGAAGGACACUGUCACCCAGCAUGGGAAAGACAGAGUGAUGCUUCAAAUCUAUUAGUAAAAGGAAACCCUCAAACCUGAUGAAACAGAGGUACUGAGUAAUGGGACUCGCCAGCUCCAGCGUCCCCCGGGCCUCUCCCAUCCAGUGUUGUGAACCUAAUGUUCACCUUACAAGGUGACCUCUGUCCACCUCUCCUCCUAUCUGCUGCCCUGCUGUCCUGCACAAUCGCAGUGACUUGUUUCUGACAAAGGGGACUGGUAACUUGGGAUCCAUGGGACAGAUCCAGAGAAACGGAAGUGCUGGGAAAUAGGUACCAGCUGGAGAGGUGUCAUCUGUGUUCCAGAAGCUCACAGUUAGAAGAGUUUAGAGUGAGAUUUACCAAUAAGGUGAUACGUAGUCACCUGCUUUCUUGAAGCUCUCCGUGGAGCACGAGUCAGAGCAUCUUGGUCACAGUGCCACUGUUUCCUUUCAUCACAAAGCAAAAGAAAAUGUUGGUUACCAUGGAGAGUAUUGUUAGCAGCAGAGCACAAGCUAUGAGACAGCUGAAAGCAACAACUGCUAAUAAGUUCACUGACCAAAAACAUUGUUAAAAACUAUUAUGUUGAGUUCUUUGUAGCCAAGAUUAAGGCCUAACCCUGGGAUGAGUCAGACGCUGCGUGUCUGAUUUUACCCGUCUGUACUAGUGUGUUGUCAACCUCAAAAUCGAUAGGCUAGGCAGCGUGUGUUGCAAACCUGCAGCCUCCUGAAGAAGCGGUCACCGUGCCACCCCUGGGGGCUGCUGCCCAGCUCUCUGUGUGCAUUUGCACCGUGGGCAUGAUGUGUACCUUUCCACAUUAUUCUCCGUUUAGGCCCCAGUCUUCCUAACCUGGACAGGGCCCGGAGGAGAGAAGCGAGGUGGCUAUCUUGUUCCUGUGCCCCACAUGCCUCUUCCAGCUUAUCAGCCCCGGGUCAGCGUGGACCACGGCUCUGCUGCACCGGACACCCCCUCCAAGUGUGAGAAAAUGCCCUCGGCCAUCUCAUUUGGAUCUUAGUUGAACUCAAGUUGAAUUCAACAUUCCCUGAACUUGUGUGUGAAUGUGUGCUGCCGUUGGGGGCGCAUUCCCAUCUGUUACCCUAAGCCAUGGUGAAUACUCUGGACUUGAAAAACACCGGUAGCUUUGGUACAUGUGUUUCUUGUUUGCAGGUGAGCCCAGUCGUGGUCUGUCAUUUGUGGUAGUGUGUCCGUUGUCAGCUCUCACCCUCCUGUGUUCUAAGGGUCUUGUAAGCACUCCUUGUCCUGUCGAAGUGACAAAAGCAGAAAUCUACAUGAUUAGUUGUAACCAAAUUUGGUUUUUAAAACUAAUAAAGUUAGUAUUUUUUUCA